GACUGCGGACAUACGGUACAGGAGAUGACCAGAGACUGCGGACACGGUACAGGAGAUGACCAGAGACUGCGGACACGGUCCAGGAGAUGACCGAGACUGCGGACACGGUACAGGAGAUGACCAAGACUGCGGACUACAGGAGAUGACCAGAGACUAUGGACACGGUACAGGGAUGACCAGAGACUGCGGACACAGUACGGGAAAUGACCAGAGACUGCGGACACACUACGGAGAAGACCAGAGACUGGGGACACGGUACGGGAGAUGACCAGAGACUGCGGACACGGUACAGGAGAUGACCAGAGACUGCGGACACGGUACAGGGGAUGACCAGAGACUGCGGACACAGUACCAGGAAAAUGACCAGAGACUGCGGACACACUACGGGAGAUGACCAGAGACUGCGGACACGGUACAGGGGAGACGGCCAGAGACUGCGGACAUGGUACAGGGACGGCCAGAGACUGCGGACACGGUACAGGGAUGACCA